AUGGCCUUUCUUAGGAGCUACUUUACUACCAAACCAACACUCCUGGAAAAGGAUGUGACUGACUUGAAGGGAAAGGUGUUUAUCAUCACUGGAGGUACUGGAGGCAUAGGCCUUGAGUUGGCCAAGAUCUUAUAUCACGCCAAUGCGACCCGAAUCUAUAUUCUUUCACGAUCUGCGCAGUCAGGAGACACGGCGAUUGGGCUGAUCAAGACAUCGGAGUCUCCCCCGGGAAUGAAGCAACGAUCUGCUAAAGAUGAAGACACUGUUAGAUUCAUUGCGCUUGAUCUUGGAGAUUUCUCUAGUAUCAAGGCAGCGGCUGAGUCCUUCCUAAAGCUUGAAACCCGCCUUGACGUUAUAUGGCACAAUGCAGCCGUUAUGCUUGCGCCGGAAGGCAGCGUUAGCAAGCAGGGCCACGAGCUGACCUUUGCGACCAAUGUUUUCGGCCCCUUUUUACUCCAGCAUUUUCUGACCCCAAUCAUGCUUCAAACAUUGCGAAAUCCUGCUACAGUAAAGGGAUCCGUUCGAGUUUGCUGGGCCGCGUCUGGUGACGGCGUAGUGCCGCCAGGAGAAGAUGGUCGUACAGCGAGGUACAUGCAGAGCAAGGCUGGAAACGCAAUUCUCGCAGCCGAGAUGGCGAAGCUCCAUCCAGACAUCAUCAGCUGCGCGUUUAAUCCAGGGGCUAUCAAGACGGAUAUUGCCCGUCACGCACCAUGGUUCCUACAAGUUGUCCACAAUUUGAUGUCUCAUCCGGUACGAUUCGGUGCCUUAACGGAGCUUUACGCUGGAUUCUCAGACGAAGUUAUCAAGAAAAAUGGAUGCUUUGUAGUUCCAUUCGGCCAGAUCGGUACAACUGUCCCAAAAGUCGAGGCUGGAAUCGCGGAGAGAAAUACUGGCUUUCUGUACGUUCCAAUGGAGAAAGCCGACGGUUCUUGGAUUACACGCGGCGGAGCAGAGGUUGAGCCUAGAAGAAGGACGGGCCAUCUUCGUCGGUCCUGCGAGACAUGUCGGAGAUCAAAGGUCCGCUGCAUUCCUAAGGCAGAUAGCAGCAACGCAUUUCCACUCUGCGAAAGAUGUAGUGUUAAUGGGACGACUUGCAUCUUCGAGCGCGCCAUUGCUCGACCUCGACAGACCAAAUCGAUGCCGAAAUCGAAAAGGAAAGUCGUUGAGGAAAAGAUCGACGGACUGGUUACGCUCAUAUCGUCGAUAUCUGCAAAGUCCGCCGCGAGAGAAGUUCAGUCUCCAAAAAAUGUAGAUUCAGCAACGUCUCUAGUGGAAGGUAGCUCACCAGAAUGCACAAAAUUGUCGCCAACUGCUCGCCAGGAUGUGGUUGCAAGGGGAUUUCUCACCACGGAUGAAGCAAAGCAGCUUCUAGCCGAUUUCGCUGCUGCUUCUGAAGAAUUCUCGCCUGUUCUGCUUCCACCUGAAGCUAGCUUGGAUCACCUACGGUUGGAGAGACCCUGCCUUCUCCUUGCAAUUCUCGCCGCUUGCGCUCGAGAUCAUCUUCAAGCUAGACUGGAGAUAGAAUUCCGAAAGAUGCUGGCCGACAGAGUGAUUGUAAAUGCCGAGAAGAAUCUAGACUUGUUACAAGGGCUGUUAGUAUAUCUUACUUGGAAUCAUCUUUACUUUAACCCUGCUAAGGAACAAAUUUACCAGUUAUCUCAAAUGGCGACUACAAUGGCAGCAGAGCUCAAGCUUCCGCUCGAUGACUCAGUAAAAGACAUUCUAAUUCAGCAGCGGGGAACUUUUGACAAACACGGGCAAUACUACUUUAUCAUCGAGAAGAUGAGAACAUUUGUGGCUUGCUACUACGUUGACUCUUGUAUCUCUUUGGCAAUGAGGAAACCAAGCCACUUUAAAUACUGCAGAACUGUCGCGGAUUGUUGUAUCUUGUUGCCCUAUGUCUCGCUUACAGCAUCUGAUGAAAUUUUAUCAUGCUUUGUGCAAUUGCAAGGGCUGGCUGAGGAAGUUGAUCAGCUGUUUCAGUAUAACAAUAUCCGGUGGUUGGAGGUUGUGGAUUAUUUGCAGAUACAAGUGAUGAUGAACAAAUUCAAGGGAAAGCUGGAUGAACUAGUUCAGAGUUUUCCACCUGAGGCAAAAGCAAACAGCUUAAUUCAAAGGAAAUGCCUUUACAUUCGGAUAUACAUACAAGAAGUUGGCCUUCAUUCUCCGCCACACCAUGAGGCCAAUAUGGACCUCAGUAAUGCAAUGUGCUGUAGCUGGUGCUCAUCAUUGCCACGACUUAAUAUUGCCAUUUCGUGCAUUCGAGCGGCACAGAGUUAUAUUAACGAGUACGUGUUUUUACCUCCUCAAAGCCUUCGCUCUACUGUUCUGUUUCAAGAGUCAGAACUUCUGUAUGCCAUUCUUGUGCUCGCUGCAGCUACACUUGGGGGCGUCACUGUGAGCGAGCCUGGCCAAUUACGCGAACUUGCAGACAUUUCGUCGUAUCUUAUCGCUCUCCGCGAUAAAAUGAUGACGAUGGGAACAAUGACGGAUCAUGGGCAAGAUAGACGCGACUACUUCUGGAAAAUGACGCAGUUUUUCAAGCAUUGCUUGAACUGGAAAUCACAAGACGCCGGCAAUCAGGCUCCCUGUCUAGGCACCUGUUCCUCCAGUAGCGACGACAGCAUGUCGUUUUUGAGAAUCUUGGAGAAUAUACCAACAGAGGAGGUAAUCCAGAAAGACUCCAUGUUUAAUCUAUUGGAUAUGAGCUGGAUAAUGAGCGCCUCUGAGUUUUAA